GGAUAUGCGGCGGCGAUCGAGGGGACCGCUGCCUCGACGGCUGCUUAAUCCAGAUGGACCGUCAUCAGAAGCGAUAUUGACCCACGAUUCAUCCACAGCCAUAAGCUCUGAGAUCAAUGACCUCGUCUCGAAUCGAAAGCUCUUAGCGGCGUUGCAGCACGCCAAGGCGGCCAAAGUGCACUCGCGAUAUCAAGCGCAGCGCAACGAGGCGUCACAGGUGGAUAUGAACUACACGUACACCGAAAGCUUUCUUCCAGGGGUUUACUUUUACAAGUACCUGGCGUCGGUCGCGGAUGUUGGUGGCGAACAAGACAAGGACGCUCUGCCGACAGAACGGCCUGACGACACCACUUGCCAUAUCCCGCUUCGGUCCGUCGGCCAUCCCAAACUGCAACUCAAGUGUUGGUUGCCCGAUACGAUAGUGUUUGGGGCGAAUUUCCCCCCCGUGUGGCUCUAUAGCGAUCAGAACGGGUACAUUCGAAAGGUGAUCAACUUUCAAGACGCGCAUGUCAUGGAAAAGCUUGGGAACCGACGAUUCGAAAACGACCCAGUCGUGGUGUUCAAAGAGCCUCAAGUCGUCAAAAUGUCGACGGGGGUCACGACGACGGCCGGGGGGAACCAUAUCAAGCUGUACAACACAUUGGAGCUCAAGAGCGCUCUCACCAAGGCGAUCGGGAGUCCAGUCACGUUUGCCCUGCAAAAGUACGUCAAGCCCAAGGGUCCGAAGGCGUUCGUCGUGCGCGCUGUGUACAAAGCUGGCCGGCCAGCGUUCGGAUGGACUAUCACUAACAAGGUGCCGUUCGACGCGCCCAACUUGCCGUGCCUCAAUCGGUUCUGUACCCUCACGGCACUUAACGAGAGCUGCUCGUUUGCUAAACUCACAGAGCGGGCGGUUGCCGACCUCAUGGAGGUGCAUGUGCGGAUGCUCAAGUAUGUGGAAGCGUCGCUGCGGUUGGCGUUUGAAAGCGUCGUGGCAGACUACAUCAAGGACGACAUGGGGCAGUGGUGGCUCAUCCAAGUCAAAUGCUUUCGGCUCAAGAGCAUGCGGCCGACAUCACUCUCGUCAAAGCUCGGCGAUGCCUACGAUCGGUCAACUGUCCAAGACGAUCUGGAUGACGACGCCCCCGUCGCGACAAAACCCAACCAGCACGCAUCAGCGCCAGAUCCCGACGGGUGGAAAGUGCACAAGAUGGUGCCGUGCAAGUUGUGCCAAGUGCUAUACCUCCAGCACGAAGUCGCGUACAAAAUGACGAUGAAAAUGAUGUAUGAAACCAUUGCCCGGAUCCGGCUCCGGUCCGCCAUCGACGCGAACCUGGCAUUUCUCGGACAUCCCAAGGACGACCUGGACAGCGGCUUGCUCUACCAAACGUGGAACGUGUGUAACUUGUGCUAUGCGCUGUAUGAGCGCGACCAGGCAUUGCUCAAGGUCGAGGCCAAGUUCACGGCGUAUCUGGGGUGCCCCACGAGGGAGACAAUGGCCCCAAUGGCAUCUCGCAAAGGAGAGUGCGCCAGUGGUAGCAAUGGCGCCGUCACCAUCACUCACGAAGCCAAUGUGGCACGGUCGCAGCCGAUGCUAACUCAAGUUCCCACCGAGUUUACGCUGUGCAGGCUCAUGCUCUUCUUCACGGCGCUAUACGACAUCCCGAAGGAAUUGUUCGACAGCGAAAGCCAACAACUCAUUGACCCCACGCGACCAAAGCGGUCUCGACUGUACCUUCGCUUUGCCGUUCUGGGUUUCGACUGCUUUGUACCUCUCGAUGCCCAUACCAUGCUGGCGUCAACGUCCACUCAUGGCGGCUCGACUUCUACCACAUGCUACUGGAUCCCGCUCAACCUCAUGCGAUGCUUUCACUUCUUCGCGCCGAAAACCCCCCUCGCGUCAAAGUUGCGCGAGUCUUCUGGUCUUGGCUCGUACCUGGCGGACGAAGGCACGAUCACGAUACAGCUCAUUCGGUGCACAGACCCCCACACCGUCGACAUUGACCCGCGGAGGGGCCAUCAACAGCAACAACCACCCCCUCCAACAUCCUCGCUUUCCACCGGUCGACCACCUAGGAGAGGUGUGAAGAAGCGCGAUGCAGCCAUGUUUGAAGCCCCGGGAUCGUACUCGGUCCUCCUUGGGUCAACCAAGAUCCAACUCUACCAGUUUCGAAGUGCUUACGUCUCCAAGACAGACGUGUACACGAGCAUGAGCUCCGGCGAGCUCUUCAACUUAAAGGCGAAUGUUGGGUUCGAGCGCAUCCGAGUCGUUAACUCCAAGCACAUUACGGCCAAGUACAACCUCCGGCAAUACUUGGGCGUGUUUGUGCCAGAUGCGUCGUACGUGGCCACUGACAAGCUGUGCUCGGAAUGGGUCGAUAACAUGAACGCCGUCACCGAAGACGCAAAUUUGACGGUGCCAAAGGCCCACUGCGACCGGUACCGUCAACACGGUGGCGGUCGCAACAGCACCGUUACAUCGCUUCGUGAGCCCAACGAGCUCGAGGAGUUGAUUGAAGAAGCAUCGUGCCGUCAGAAUCGCCAAACGGACGCCGUCGUCCCGCUGCACCGACGACAUCCAUCUCAGCAAGGCGAAGGCACGGACGAAGGAGAUUGUGAGCAAGAAAAUGAGGAGCUCUUGGAAGGCAUUAUACCAUCCCCACACGACGAAAAUGGUGGCGAUGACGACGACGCCUUGCUGUCACAACGACGGCAAUCGUCCGGAACAAUCAGAAAAUCAACCAAAGGACCAGCACUGCCGACCCCACCGACUUGGUGCAUCACAGUGAUGCUUCAUCGCACGCACAACUGGCACCCCAGUGAAGGCCACACCGGGUGGACCGCCACGCUUGGUUUUCUGGAGGAGGUACACGUCGCGACUCAGCAGAUCUCGCUUGGCAACAACGACCACUCCCAGGUCGCGCAAAUGGAGUACGAGUCCAUUCGACGAGGCCAUGGAGCGAACCCCAGCCAAGAUUCCGAUAUCGUGUUUGACAGUACGCACCACAUCUACGUACGGGGAGCCCUGGAUGCGAUGCAGGCAUUUUACGGCAGUUCACGUGGCGUUUGCACCGUGCACCUCACACAUGCUUCGUCAACGCCAGCGUCGUCGUCAAAACGGACGGUCGACAUCGAUCUGACCGAAUUGCAAUCUUGCCACACGAUCGACGGCACGUUUAACAUUCACGCUGACGCGUUGCUGGAGUCGCAGCCAUACCCGCCGUAUUUAUCCGUGUCGAUCUCCAUCACAAAGGUGCCAGAUGACGAGGACGUUGAUCUCGCUGUGUGGAUGGCCCGCCCAGCGGCCCCAGGGCUUCAAGUACUGUCGAGAUUAUCUGCGACCACUAUGACUGAAGCAUAAGAGGGGGUAAUGCAAUCGCAGGACCGAUACUGAAUGGCGGGGUGUUGAGCGCUCUGCACAUAUUCGCAACUGAUGUCAUGUUGUGGUUGUGAAGGAGCGUGUGAAUGUGGAUUACUGCAGCGAUGCGGCAGUGACUUUGGUAGGAGUGGGCAGCAACGUUACGUCUGGAAGAAGGGCAUCCAUGGCGGCUGUGGCAUUUGCCUGGCGGGUUGGUGCAUCAGCCAUGAGGGACCCCAAGUCGAGCCCAAUUUCUGUUAGCACUUGGUCGACGACGGCGUCGCCUUCGGCUUCGACCUCUUCGUCAUCGAACUAGGUAGCGAUUCCAUGAGAGACAGAAG